GUUUGAACUCCAGAAACAGGUAACAUGUAGGAUCUCUAAAGCAGUGUUAAUGCUCAGCAUUUCCUCUAUUGCAGUAACAAGGGGAGUUUUAUAGUUGAGAUUCAAGUCUGGUUGGGAAUUUUUUAGAAUGGACUUCACGUGGGUGUCAGAUUGGAAUUUGCCGUUAAUCUCAUGAAUAGAUUCAAGAUCAGGCAUGUUGGGAGAGUAUAUCUGUAUGGGCAUGGAGUUGAGAAGCACUUUUAUUUAACAAAUGAGAAAUGCUCUCUCUUUCUUUCUCUUCAUAUAAGUGGGAAAGAAAAGCAUAAUGAAGGAGAAUUACAGACUUUGAGGUCUCGAGUAGAUGAACUCCAGAUAGAAAUGGGAAGAAUCCAGAAAGAAAACAAUGAACUCCGAGGGGAACUGAAAUUACAGACUUUGAGGUCUCGAGUAGAUGAACUCCAGAUAGAAAUGGGAAGAAUCCAGAAAGAAAACAAUGAACUCCGAGGGGAACUGAAUGAACUCCGAGUAGAACUGAAUUGGAGAAGGACUCACAAGUAUGCAGAUGACAUCACACUUAAUCCAGACACAGCCCACCCCAAUCUCUCCAUUUCUGAGGAUAAGAAGAAAUUUACUCAUGAACCCCAACCUCAAAAACUCCCAACAACUACAGAGAGGUUCGAUUCAACUGUCUGUGUGUUGGGCUGUGAAGGAUUCUCCUCUGGAGAGCACUACUGGGAAGUGGAGGUUGGGAGCAGCACUGACUGGGAUCUGGGAGUGGCCAGAAUAUCAAUACAGAGAAAAGGAAAACUUUCCCUGUCCCCUAAAGAGGGAUUCUGGGCUCUGGGUCUGAGUGGGAGAGAUUAUUGGGCAAAAACAGAUCCAUGGACCCGGGUCAUGGUGCAAAAAAAGCCCAAGAAAAUUGGAGUUUACCUUAGUUACCAACGGGUGCAGGUGUCCUUUUUCAAUGUAACUGACAUGUCUGUGUUGUUCACAUUUAAUGAUUGUUCAUUCUCAGGAGAGGUUUAUCCAUUCUUUAAAAAUUCCCACAAAGAAAUAUCAAUGAGAAUUUGUUCUAUAAGAGAAGAUGAAUGAGUUUAAAGUGGCACUGCCACUCACUUAUCCCACUGUAUCUUUGAAAUCAAAUUUCCUAUCAAUGAAUUUGAAUUACAUUUUUCCUCUAUAUUAAUUCUAUGAUGCCAUCUCUAGAACAGCACUGUUAUUCAUUUUAUGUCUGUGAACCUAUGACAUCAAGUUUCUCUCCAAACAAAUUUGAACUGUAGUUUUUAUUCAGUACUUUGUGAACUGCCAUCUUAAUUACUUGCUUUCAACAACAAUUUUUUUUUGUUACUUCUGACAAAUACUGUUAUUUGACUAGGCUGUUAAGGAAAGGAUAUUUAUGUUGUAGAUUUUCAAUAGAAAUCAAUUCUCACAGUUAGGUUUUCAAGAUUUUCAAGAGCUCAGCUGCCAUUUACCCAGUGUGAAAAUCCCUAAAAAAUCUGACAAAAACUGUCACAGUGGGAGCUGCUGGGUGGAUAUUAAUGGGAGAAAAAUCCAUCCUGUCACACAUUCAUUUUUCUCUUAGAGCCAUACCCCACCAAACUUAUAACUAAUGUAGGGCUUGUGACUGGCCUGUGUAGCUACACAGCAGGGUAAGGGAAUAUAAAAUACUCUUCAUUCCUCUACAAAGCCAUGCAGGACUUACUGUCAUAGUUACAAGACAGUUGCACCUCUGACCCCUUCCCAGUCCCUCUGAGAGCUCCCACCCUGAGACCUCUUUCUCUCACCUGUCUCAGGGUGGAAUCUCAUGAGUCUUCAACACUCAGAUGGGGAUCUGACUAUAAUAACUUGGCCAUACCAUCCAUUUACCACCCUUCAGUCCAUUCUUAGACUGGGCACCUUCUUGAUCCUUCAUUCAGGAAACUGUGACCAAUGAAACUGGCCAAAAGCCUUUUAAAAACUAAGUGUUCUUUGGUUGUGUAGUUUGUAGAAAUAGAGCAAUUUUCCUUUAAAUAGUCUAUCAGCCUUCUGUUUGUGGUCACCAUAAUCUAUGAACUAGAAACUGCCAGAAACUGGUCAGAGCAGCAAUAUGUAUACACCUAGGCUUGUGUAGGCUUGUGUAUAUUUAGUAAACUCAUUUAUUUGGAAUUGGCUGUGCCUGUAUGGUUUCUUUAUAUUGUUUUGCCCUUGUAAGGAGCAGAGGACACAAUGAUUGCUAACAAGGAGGCAAGCCCAAUCCCAGAGUCCAGUGGAACAGAGAAUAACUGCAGAGUCCUAGACUAAAAGGAAACUGCAGCCACUGGGACUGCGAGAAAACCAAUCAUUCAGGGUGAGGGGGGGAAAGUAUGUAAAAGUCUGGCAGUUUGAGGAAAAUUGACUUGUUUGAUAAAGUGAGUCACUCCUUUACUCAGCUGUGGUGGGAGAAUGGAACAGAGUAUGACAGCUAAGGUUAAAAUUCUGUCACAGGUUGUCAUAAAUAUGAAGGGAAGGGUAACCACCUUUCUGUAUAGACUGCUAUAAAAUCAUUUCACCUGUAAAAGGUUAAGAAGCUAAGGUAACCUUGCUUGCACCUGACCCAAAAUGACCAAUGAG